CGCCCAUCUGGCCGGGGCUGAGUGUGCGGCGGCCGCGGCGGCGCUUCCUCCCGCAGGUGCUGCCUUGCGAUGCCGAGUGUCCGUUUGCCUUGAUUGAGGUAGAAACAGCCUAUGGCUUGGAUGACUUACAUUUCCAGUUGGUUUGAGCAAGAUGAUUGGUAUGAAGGACUGCAAAGAGCCAGCAUGUCCCGGGUGCGGCAGGUGGGGCUGCUGGCCGCUGGGUGCCAGCCCUGGAACAAGGACGUGUGCGCGGCCAGCGGUGACAGGUUUGCCUACUGCGCAACCCUGGCCAUCUACGUGUACCAGUUGGAUCACCGUUAUAAUGAAUUUAAACUCCACGCAAUUAUGUCCGAACACAAAAAAACUAUCACAGCUCUCUCUUGGUGUCCACAUAACCCCGAUCUCUUUGCGAGUGGCAGUUCCGAUAACUUAGUGAUCAUUUGGAAUGUGGCAGAACAAAAAGUCAUUGCUAAGCUCAACCACACAAAAGGGACGCCCACCUCCCUGAGCUGGUGCUGCCACGCGGGUGAGGCCGUGGCCUUCGCCCCCCGCAGGGGCCCGCUGCUCGUCUGGACCAUCGCGGGGCCGGACAGCGGGGUGACCGUGCACCGGGACGCCCACAGCUUCCUGUCCGACAUCUGCACCUUCCGGUGGCACCCGCAGCGGAAGGGCAAGGUCGUGUUCGGCCACAUGGAUGGGAGCCUGUCGCUCUUCCAGCCAGGUAAUAAAAGCCAGAGACAUGUUCUGAGACCCGACGCUCUGGAAGGGACGGACGAAGAGGACCCGGUCACGGCCCUGGAGUGGGACCCGCUGUCCACGGACUACCUCCUGGUGGCCAGCCUGCACCACGGGAUCCGGCUGGUGGACGCCGAGUCGCUCUGCUGCAUCACCGCCUUCAGCCUGCCCAGCGCCGCGGCCUGUGUGCAGUGCCUGGCCUGGGUGCCCAGCGCCCCAGGGAUGUUCGUCACCGGAGAUUCUCAAGUAGGCGUUCUACGCAUUUGGAAUGUUUCGAGAACAACACCGAUUGAUAAUUUCAAACUGAAGAAAACAGGAUUUCACUGCUUACAUAUACUGAAUUCUCCACCAAGGAAGAAAUUUUCAAUCCAGCCUUCCACCCCAAAUCACUACACGUCCUCCACGAGCGAGGCACUGCCCCCGGGCCAGGCGUCCUCCCUGCCCCCCGGGCACGCCCUGUGCUGCUUCCUGGAUGGCGGUGUGGGCCUGUAUGACCUGGGAGCCAGGAAGUGGGACUUCCUGAGGGACAUGGGACACGUGGAGACCAUCUUCGACUGCAAGUUCAAGCCCAAUGAUCCCAACCUCUUGGCGACCGCGUCCUUCGAUGGCACCGUGAAGGUGUGGGACGUGGACACACUGACCGCAGUGUACACGUCCCCGGGGAACGAGGGGGUGAUCUACUCCCUCUCCUGGGCGCCAGGUGAUCUGGAUUGCAUUGCCGGAGCCACCUCCCAGAACGGUGCCUUCAUUUGGGACCUCAAGAAGGGCAGGAUGGUGCAGCGCUUUACUGAGCACGGAAACAACGGGAUUUUCUGCGUUGCCUGGAGUCACAAAGAUUCCAAACGGAUAGCGACCUGCAGCGAGGACGGCCUCUGCAUCAUCCGGACCCUGGACGGGAGAGUGCUGCACAAGUACAAGCACCCUGCCGCCGUGUUUGGCUGUGACUGGAGCCAGAACAACAAAGACAUGAUCGCCACGGGCUGUGAGGACAGAGGCGUGCGCGUCUACUACGUGGCCACCAGCUCGGACCAGCCGCUGAAGGUGUUCAGCGGGCACACGGCCAAGGUCUUCCACGUGCGCUGGUCGCCCCUGCGGGAGGGCAUCCUGUGCAGCGGCUCCGAUGACGGGUCUGUUCGAAUCUGGGAUUAUACUCAGGACGCCUGCAUCAGUGUUCUCAGCGGGCACUCAGGGCCCGUGCGGGGGCUGGUGUGGAACCCUGAGAUCCCGUACCUCCUGGUCUCCGGCAGCUGGGACUACACGGUGCGGGUGUGGGACACCCGCGAUGGGACAUGCUUGGACACCGUGUCCGAUCACGGCGCAGACGUGUAUGGCUUAACGUGCCAUCCCAGCCGCCCCUUCACCAUGGCCUCCUGCUCCCGGGACUCCACCGUGAGGCUGUGGUCGCUGGCGCCCCUGAUCGCCCCGGUACAGAUCAGCAUCCUGGCGGACAGGCCCUGGAAGGAGAUUGUCGGGAACACUGAUGACGCCGUCCUGCCAGGCGCGCCGCCCGUGCUGUGCGGCAAGGUGUCACGGGCCAUCAAACAGGACACAGAGAAGCCGGGCGGGCAUCCGUGUGGGGAGAAGCUCCGGUGGUUUUCGGAGUGUCUGUCCCCUCCAGGUGGCAGUGACAACCUGUGGGCCUUGGUGGCCGUGAUCAAAGGGCAGGAUGACAGCUUGCUGCCUCACAACUACUGCAAAGGCAUCAUGCACCGGAAGCACCUGCUCAAGUUCCGCACGUCUGAAGCCCAGGAGCUGACCACAGUCAAGAUGUCCAAGUUCGGAGGGGGCAUCGGCGCGCCGACCACAGAGGAGAGACUGAAGGAGGCCGCGGAGAUCCACCUGCGGCUUGGGCAGCUCCAGCGCUACUGCGAACUCAUGGUGGAGCUUGGCGAGUGGGACAAGGCCUUGUCCGUGGCCCCGGGCGUCUCGGUGACGUACUGGAGGAAGCUAACGCAGAGGAGAGCCGACCAGCUGAUGCAGGAGGACAAGGACGCCGCCAUCCCGUACUGCAUGGCCGUGGGCGAUGUGAGGAAGCUGGUCCGCUUCUUCAUGGCGCGGGGCCAGCUGCAGGAGGCGCUGCUGGUGGCCCAGGCUGCGUGUGAGGGGAACAUGCAAACCUGCCGAGCGCCCACCCCGCCUGGGCCCUCGGGGCCGGAGGACGCCCGCGGGGAGGACUUCACCGAGCUCCUGCACAUGGCGAGCGCGCAGCUGGCGGAGUGGCACUUCCAUGGCGGCCGGGCGGUGCGCGCGGCCUGCUGCCACCUGGCCGUGGACGACGUGGAGCUGGCCAUGGCCUCCCUGCUCCGCGGGAACGAGCUGGAGCUGGCGGUCUGCGUGGGCACGGUCCUGGGCGAGGCGGCAGCCCCUGCCACCCACUACGCCCUGGAGUUGUUGGCCAGGAAAUGCAUGAUGACCCCAUUGUGGAAUUUGGCCGCGGACCUGCUCCUGAUGAUUCCCGAUAAUGAACUUCAGCUGGUGAAGCUCUGUGCCUUCUACCCUGGCUUCGAGGAGGAGAUGAAGGACCUCCGUGAGAAGUGCAAGCUGCCCACCGAGGAAGAGUGCAUGCAGCUAGCGGAGACAGCGCACGCAGGGGGCCAUGUGUUUGAAGCUGUCAAGUACUACUUGUUAAGUCCAGAGCCUGAAAAAGCCCUUCCUGUUGGUCUUGACUUCGUCAAAGAACACAUCCGUAGAACAGACUGGACUUUGGAUGCCAUUCAUCCCAUUCUUGACCUGCUGAGUUACAUUCGUACUGAAAAGCUACUCCUGCACACAUGCACCCAGGCGCGGAACGAGCUGCUCGUCCUCAGCGGCUACACGGGCGCGCUGCUGGCCGCCAGGAGGCAGUACGCGGGCAUCGUCCCCGCGCUCUAUGAGUACACGAGCCAGCUCUUGAAACGUCGGGAGGUGUCUGUGCCUUUGACCAUCAGGCGCCUCUCGGAGGAGCUGGAGGCGUGGAGGGCCUGCAGGCAGCCCGUGCCCCCAUCCUCAGAGGACUCCCCCUGCACGCCAGCUUCCGAGGCACAGAGAAGCGUGCACGCAGCCCUGCUCCGGAGACUGCGGGCCGAGCCGCUCAGAGGCAUGGUGGGGCCGGACUACGUGACAGGGUCGCACCUGCCCAGCCAUUCCGACGCGCACAUCUCCUGUCUCACUGGGCUGAAAAUCCAGGGCCCCGUGUACUUCCUUGAAGACGGGAAAUCCGUCAUCUCCCUGAACGAUGCUCUGAUGUGGGCCAAGGUGAACCCCUUCUCGCCUCUAGGGACUGGCAUUCGACUCAACCCGUUCUGACGGCAGGCGUUACCCCGGCUUCGCUGUGUCUAGAACACCUUUUAUUGGUUCGUAUUAACCUUGGUUGCCCACGCGCCCAAGGUUGGGAAGGGGGGAGGGGGAAAUAUGGAGUAACAGUUGAUUUUAUUCAUUAAGUUCAAGAAGUAAAAUAUUUAUAUGUUUUUGAGAAAAACAUAGGUGUCUCCUUUAUAAAAUAAAACAGCCAUAUUUGGGAGGAAGGGAUUAUUUGAGUCGUAAAGGACUGAAUGAAUAAUCUAAAAAAGCCCAUAAAAUGCUCACAACGAGCAGGAGGAACCCAGGUGUUUGCUGUGGAGACAUGAAAGGGUGGGACCCUCGGAACAGUGCUUGGAUGCAGUACAAUCCGACUGACCGUUCGAAGGACCGGGUUUCUCAGGCGUCGAUGAGGAAGGUGUGCUGGCCGAGUGUCCACUCACAGACGCCUACCUUGUCUUCUAUUGAAUGAAUAGUCAACCACUGGUUUUAGCUCAUCUUUAGUCAAAGUUUACAGUUAUAAGUUUAAUGUAUACCAAUAAAUAGAUACACACUCAACAUACUUUAUUAAUCCUCAUCCAAGGGUAUUUUUUAUUGAUUUUUAAAGAGAGAGGAAGGGAGAGAGAAAGAAAAACAUUGAUGUAAGAGAAGCAUACAUCCAUUGCUACUUUUACACCCCCCGACUAGGGAUCAAACCCACAACCUAGGUAUGUUCCCAGACCGGGAAUCGAACCUGCAGUCUUUUGGUGUUCAGAAGAGACGAUGCUCCAACCAGCUGAACCACACAGAGAGACCAUUACCAAGGAUUCCAUCUGAAAUUCAAAUGUCCAAUUGUAAAGGAAUAAGCAUGAAAAACAUUGGGGGUGGGGGAGUAAAAAACAAAAUGCGGUGGUAUCUGUUUGAGAAUUUGCAUUUUAUGAUAAUUGACUGUUUUAAGAGACUCGGUCUGUAUAGAUAAUAAUUUUCAUUAAUGCAUGUAAUAUCAACAUAAUCUCUAGUGGAUUUAUAUCAAUAUAACUGAAUUUAUUUGGUGAAAUUUAGUUUGAAGUAAAUUUCCUGUAAGUAGGAUAUUAAAAUUUUGUAUAUAUAUUAUGUAAAUUCAUGAUUUUAAAAUAUUAAUUAAAAGAGUAAAGCUAUAAGAAAGAAAAGCCUGAGGCAUGACCAUAAGCAGCUCAGUUGUUCUAGAAUUCUGACUUUGAAAUCUAUGAAAUGAAUGCAUAUCAGGAAGAACAGUCCUUUUAUACUCAAGUCGCUGUGUAGAAUUUGUAAUAUAGAUCUUUUUGUCUAAUAAUCCUGGUUAUUAUUUCUAAACUUGUUGCAUUUAAAAUACUUUAACAAUUUUCUUAAACAGCUUCUUAAAACAGAAAACAAUAUAUAUUACCUACCUACCACAUUGACCACUUCUAAUUCAUCAUUAAAUUUCAUUUUAUUAAAAAAUUUAAUACUAUAAACAAGAAUGUUUCUAACUCAGAGAUGCAGUAGAUAAUAUAAAGUGUAUCUGAGUAUUUUUUUUAACCUUUUGUGAUAAAUAUAACUCAGUAUUGUUUACUGAUUGGCAUAUGUGUACUAAAAUUUCCUUACUUCAAAA